UUUUUAGUAAGAGAAGAACUGUCACAUGAUUUUCACCUGACUGACAUUUUUCUUCGCGAAUUUCUUCAAUAAGUUAAACGACGAAAAAAAAAUAAUAAGGAUUUUCCCUUUGGAAAAUUAUAGAAAUUCAAACGAAAUUUGUUGGUCUAAUUAAAAGAAAACAACAUCAAAAUGAAAAUCUGUGGUCCUAAACUAUCCCUCUGUGGCUUGAUUAUCUCCGUUUGGGGUAUUAUUCAAUUGGUUUUGAUGGGUUUGUUCUUUUACAUUCACAGCGUAGCCUUGAUUGAAGAUUUACCCAUUGAGGAAGAGUAUCACAGCUUGGAGGCUUUCUAUACAGAUGCCAAUGCUGCUUAUAAUCAGAAUGCCUACAAUUGUUGGAUUGCUGCCUGUAUUUAUGUCUUGACUUUGUUGCUCUCUGCCCAACAGUUCUAUGUCAACAGUAGAGUAACUGCCAACUAAAUAACAUAAACUCAAAACUAUAAAACAAAAUAAUCGUCAAAUGCACAUCCUUUUUCUAUCAUGCCAACCUGCAGUGUUUGAAUGAAAAUCAAUUUACACAAAUCGAACAUCAUCAUGGAAUAGUUUGAAUUUAUAGUCGUCGUUUCUUUUAAUAACAAAAGAACUCUUGUGCUCAGGUUGGAAACAAAAGUUUAAAAAAGCAUAUAGACGUUUUUAGUUGCAAUCACCUCUUCUCCAACAAAUCUAAGCAGCAACAUUUUGAAACCACCAUAAGAUAAAAAAACAAUGACGAUCAUCAUUAUUAGUUAGUUUUACAGCAACAGCAAAAACAUCUUAUUAAAUUUCUUUAUGAUUUCUUUAAAUUCAAUAAAAAAACAUGUGUAUUUUUUUAUUAACUAA